AUGUCUGCGAGUUCCCCUUACUCAUCCACAUAUGAGACAACAAACGCUAACAGAGCCUGUCGACUUCUUCUGGGUCCCUGCACGGACGAACUCCGAGAUGUGUUGCGUCAUCAUGUCCCACCGCCAUCAUUGACGCAAAUCCUGAAGAUGAAUAAACAAAGUCUGCCUCGUCUGACAGCAGCUCAGAAAGGUCUGAAUUCACAUGGACAUGGAAAUUAUACUGGGAAUUACAAUGAUAUGGAUAUCACCCAAUUGUACACUUUGUUAAGAAACAUUUGUAAUAUACCACCACACUCCAAUGGCUGGGGAAAUGAUCCAGAUCCGAAUGACAGAUCUCUCUCUGCAAAUAUUGACCGAAUUCGAUCGGCCCGGAAUCAGUGUGUUCACUCUUCCAGCCCUUCCUUGUCCAAUGCUGACUUCACUUCUAUCUGGUCCACCAUCAGAUCAGCAGUUGUGGAUAUGGACACCUUCCUCAAUAAUGGUAAAAAGUACGAGAAAGAAGUGGAUUUUCUCCGACAUGAAACAAUGGAUCCAGCAGGUGAAAAAUAUUACAGAGAACAACUGAGGAAACAAGUUGAAGAAGAUCACCAAAAGGAGAAGGAAAACAGUAAAAGGAUUGAUGAAUUGAUAAAAAGACCUAAUUCAUUAAGUUUCCUUUCAGAGAAAUAUAAUAUGGAAAUAAAAAAUUGGAAAUGUGCAGACAACCUUUAUCAUGAAACACACAGCUUUCCUUCAAUGAUGGAGAAAGUGAGGAGACAACCAUAUAUUACGUUUGUGGGUAGCCCAGGGUCUGGAAAAUCAGCUACGGCUCGUCACAUCGCCCUCAAACUCCAGGAGGAAGGGUAUGAAGUUUUACCAAUUAAAGACAUCAGUAAAAUAGAGGAGUAUUGUGACUCACGACAUCCUCAAGUCUUUGUCAUUGAUGAUGUAUUGGGUGUCUUUGGUCUUGACGAAAGAAAAUUACCUUUGUUGAGAAAUUAUGAACAAACAAUAACAAAACCUUGCAUGGAUAAAUCUAAAAUUCUUAUGACGUGUAGACAGGCUGUGUACAAUGAAGCGUUACCCUACAAAUCAUAUUUAAUCAAGGAUGAAAGUGUGAUUAAGUUGCACAGCUCUGAAAAUGCAUUAGAUGACAAUGAUAAGAAACUGAUUCUGGAGAUGUAUGGCUUGGAUUCUGAAUCAUUGUCACCUUCAUUGACAUCAGCCUAUCAUAUGUUUCCUCUUCUUUGCAAGCUGUUUUCAAAGGAAGCAAGAUUCCAAAAACUUGGUUCGAGUUUUUUCACGAAACCAGUUGAAUCUAUUAUCAAUGAACUUAAUGAGAUGCAGGCAAAUAACAAACUACAUUAUGCUGCAUUAGUUUUAUGCAUGUUGAAUGAAAAACUGUCUGAAAAUAUUCUCGAACAUCAGAAAACCGAUAUUUUCAAUGAAAUGAAAAACUGUGUGUUAGAAAACCUAAACCUGUUGACUGCCACUGAUACAUUCAAGCUUGUAGAUGCAUUGUCGGCAAUGGAGGGGACAUACACAAAACAGAGUGGCACAGAGUUUACAUUUAUACAUGACUCCAUGUAUGAAAUAUGUGCUUAUCAUUAUGGUAAACAAUUUCCUGACCAGGUGUUGCUAUAUUUGAAAAGUGAUUAUGUUGCCAAUUAUGUGAAACCUCAGAAAUGUGAAAAAGAAAAUGUGAAGAAAAGGGAAGAGAAAGAGAAUAUUUUUCACUCAAAUGAGAACAAUGAGACAAGUGAUGGAAAUAAUGUUGAAUGUAUAAGUGAAUCUUUUGAUCUGUGUAUAAGGUUAAGUGAGGAUCGAUACCGACUGUUAGCUGAGAGGUUGUACAGAGACAUAGAGAAAAUGGAGCUGUAUGAUGUGUUUAUGAAUGAUGCUCUAAAACAUCCCCAGGUCUGUCAGGCUUUUAUUGAUGUGUUGAAGGAAAAGAAAUACGAAGAUUUAAGAUCUUUAUUUCUGCACAGGCAGAAAAAUGUACAUAAUGUAAUGGGAAAAAAUAGAUUUGAUUUGAAAGAAGUUAGUGGAAAAGAUGAGAAGUUCAUGUAUAUAGAGAUAGAUCUGUUCAUACACAAAAUGUUUCUGUAUGAUCUGUUGGCGGAUGAGAGACUUGUGAAUGGUCAUUUAAUAUGCAAUGUGAGAGUGAUUAGCUGGGUGAUUUAUUACGGUCACCAUAAGAUCCUACAAUUCAUUACAGAACAAACUCAGCAACACAGAGAGACACAGUCUAAAGUAUUUCACAACGGCAUAAUGCGAACUAUAAAAUCAUCUUUUCAGCGUGGAUCUUCAUCUCUUUUCAAGCUUUUCAAUGGAGAGGAAAGGUGGAGAGAGGAAGCACGUCUAUUGCUUUUGGGUUGUCAUAGUGGUGAUCUAGAGACUGUGAAAACACUACUUCAGUAUGUCAGUAGAGAAGAAACCAUCACUACGCAACACCCCGAUUUCAUGAAUACGCCACUGACAGCUGCGUGUAAAGCUGGAUGUGCGAGUGUGGUGGAGGAACUCUUGAAUUUCAAGUCUGAUGUAAAUCAACAGGAUCAAGAGAAGAAAACACCACUGAUAGUUGCUUGUGAAGGUGGACACGCAAGUAUUGUGGAGAAGCUUUUGGAGGUAGGAGUUCUUGUCAAUAAACCUUAUGAUACUGAUACUCCACUAAUGGCUGCAUGCAAAGGAGGACAUGCAAGUAUCGUGGAGAAGCUUUUGGAGGCUGGUGCUUCUGUCAAUACAUCUUGUUUUAGUGAUGCGCCACUCUUAGCUGCAUGCAGAGAAGGACAUGUGAGUAUUGUAGAGAAGCUGGUGAAGGUGGGGGCUGAUGUCAAUAUACGUGGUAGUGAAGGUGAUACACCACUAAUAGCUGCGUGUAAAAGGGGAGAUGCGAGUAUUGUGGAGAAGUUAUUGAAAGGGAGAACUAUAAAUUUCAGGAAUAUUCAAUCUAAUUUUUUCCCAGAUUUGAAUAUUUUAUAUUAUUAUGAAGCCCGCUGCACCAAACUAGAUGAUGGUCUUUUAAUAACUUUGUUUGUUGCAUUAAUUCAUAACAAACAUGACGUAGUAAAAUUAUUGAUUCGGAAAGAAAAUAGCAGAAGUGAAAAUAAAGGCAAUCUUUAUCUCUUUUAUAUUUUGCUUAUGCUAAGGCAUGCUGAUGUUAGAAUGGAUUUACGCGAUGAUGUAGUAAUUGGAGAGGGACGAGUGUGGACUCUGAAUGAGCUUGGAUACUUGUGGGAAAUUAUAUAUAAAGGAGACUGUGAUGUACUGAGCCACCUAUUACGUAUUGGGAUGCAGGUCAACCAUUUACUGCUAGUAAAUGGAGUCUGGACCUCUGGCGUCAGAUCUCUGCUAUGUUUAUUAAUUAAUAAAGGAUUUGUCUUGAACAGAGAAGAAAAGAUACAGAUCUUACUAGAAGCGGGGGCGGACGUCAAUGUCUCUAUGUUGGAAGAGGUUCAAAAACCUAGAUAUAUAUUACCUGUAAAUAGGAUGAUGAUAGAUAAGAUAAAGAAACAUAUCAGAAGACAUUCUGUAUAAAACUGGUAGAUGUCUUGAUUGUAAGAGAGUGAUAAAGAAACAUGUCAGAAGACAAUCUGUAUAAAACUGAUAGAUGUCUACAUUGUAAGAGAGUGAUAACGAAACAUGUCAGAAGACAAUCUGUUGUAAGAGAGUGAUAAAGAAAAAUGUCAAACUGAUAGAUUUCAAGAUUGUAAGAGAGUGCCAAGAGGCCCAUGGACCACAUCGCUCACCAGCACACCGUCUAGGAAGAAG